CCGUGACGCCCCACACUUUGGACCCUCCUCGCUUCCCGUCCGCCUCGGGGGGGAGCGACCGGCGGCGAGCCGCAGCCUCUCCCGGAGGAGGCGGUGGCGGGACGCGAGCGCUGAGGCAGGCCAGCCGCUUCCUCCUCCUCCUCCCAAGAUGGCGGCAGACUCCGCGGAGCAGUUCUGCGUGGCCGAGGAGCGGAGCGGCCACUGCGCCGUGGUGGACGGGAACUUUCUCUAUGUGUGGGGGGGAUACGUGUCAAUUGAAGAAAAUGAAGUGUAUUUGCCUAAUGAUGAGCUCUGGAUCUAUGAAAUGGAUAGCGGGUUAUGGACAAUGCACCUAAUGGAAGGAGAGUUACCCACCUCCAUGUCAGGAAGUUGUGGGGCAAGCAUUAAUGGGAAGCUCUACAUAUUUGGUGGAUUUGAUGAUAAAGGAUACAGUAAUCGGCUGUAUUAUGUUAAUUUGCGAACAAAAAAUGGAACCUAUAGGUGGAAAAAAAUUACAAAUUUUAAAGGUCAACCUCCUACACCACGUGACAAGCUUUCCUGCUGGGUGUAUAAGGACAGGCUAAUAUAUUUUGGCGGCUAUGGCUGUAGGAAGCACAAUGAACUGAGUGAUUGUUUUGAUGUCCAUGAUGCAUUUUGGGAAGGACAGAUAUUCUGGGGAUGGCAUAAUGAUGUUCACGUUUUUGAUACAAACACACAAACUUGGUCUCAACCAGCAAUUCGAGGCGGAGAUCCACCUCAGCCUCGAGCAGCUCAUACAUGUGCUGUGCUGGGAAAUAAAGGUUACAUCUUUGGAGGACGAGUGCUGUUCACCAUAAUACAAAUCUUCCCAGGGAAAAGGCUCUGCAAGGAACCAGAAAGGGCCAGGAAGUGUCAUGAGGCUUCUCCUAUUCAUCUUUCUGGGAGGAAAGGGCACCUUUUUCCAAACUUGGAGCUAGAGCUGGUAAAAGAAGAAGAUGAUGAUCAAAAUCAAUUGUACCAGGAAUCAUUUGAAAACAGGCUCAGAAGUGUUAUGUGGACUCUGUUCCUUCAGCAAACUAGAAUGAAUGAUUUGCACUGCCUGAAUUUAGACACUUGGACUUGGUCUGGAAGAAUUAGUAUCAGUGGAGAGAAACCAAAAGAUCGAUCAUGGCACACGUUGACUCCUAUAGGAGAUGACAGACUUUUUCUCUUUGGUGGACUGAGUUCUGAUAAUGUUCCUUUAAGUGAUGGUUGGAUUCACAGCAUUUCAACCAAUGGAUGGAAACAACUUACCCACUUGCCUAAGAGUAGGCCUAGACUGUGGCAUACAGCCUGCCUUGGAAAAGAAGGAGAAGUGAUGGUGUUUGGUGGAAGCAAAGAUGACUUGCAUUUUAUGGAUACAGGUCACUGCAGUGAUUUGCUGAUAUUUCAGACUCAGCCUUAUUCACUCCUCAGGUUGUGUCUUGACUGCAUUGGUAAAAAUGCAGCCCUCCUGAAGAAUCAAAUACCAUGCUUGCCAUCCAAACUUCUGCAGCAGGUGCUGAAAAAAAUAACUUUUUGGGCUGCAGUUAACCACCGGCAAGAGAAAAAAGCUGAAACUGAAAGACAAGGUCAACUAAAUACUACAUGAACAAUGGCAACCAAACUGUUGAACACUUUGUUUAUUUACAGUGUACAGCAAAGUCUUUUGUUAGUGAACUUUACUAAUGCUACAGAACAACUGUAUGUUACGCUGAGUUUCUAAGUGAAGUUUGAGAACAAAGAAAUCCUUUUUAUGGAAAUCUCUUUUGUUUUCUGCAUUAUAGAAAACUGAUGAAACUUAAUUUGUAUAUAUUGUUAACUUCUGCUAUUGUGGUCUUAAUGAGAGAGUCCAUAAAAGUUGUUCUUUUUGUAGGUGACAGAUGAUAUAAAAUGUUUUCAGUUUGAUAAAAUAUGGCUUAAGUCUAAAAUCUUAUUACAGCCUUACCACAUCUGCAUUUCUGAACAGAUGAUAUUAGUUCAGCACAGUAUCUUUGGAAGGUUCACACUUGCCUUUGUUCAGAAAGACAACUAAUUUGCUAAUACAAUUCCAAAUCCUAUUACUUGAUUCUGCCAAAUUCUGUUGUUUGAUUAGAUGCUAAGAGCCAGUCGUUUUGCUCAAAGUAGAAAAUCAGUAAGCUUAACUGUAGACCUUGAAGAAAAAGCUGUGAUGAGCAGCAUUACAGGCUGUGUGUGGAAGCUUACCUGCAGUUCGUAUGGGUUCACUGUGUUUCUGUAAUCAAUGAGUCGUUCUUAAAAUAGGUUGUAUAUUGUAUUUUGAAUGUGUAAAGUUUCUAUUUAAUUCUUGUUUUUAAAAGAUUAUGCUUAUUUAUUGUUACAAAAGAGCACAUGUAGUACUUGCUAUUUUUCUGUUUCAAAUAUUUAGUUAACGAGAGCGCAGUCAUUAAAAUUUUAUAGAGGGUUGAA